AUGUCAUCUUAUCCCACCGAUGAGAAAACCAGAGGGUUCUCGCACCCGAUUUACUCAUCUCACAAGUAUAAAAUGUCCCAGCAACAGCAGUACCAUCCUAGCCACUCUGCACCAGUACCUCCUCCAUACCCUGGACAGUUUCAGCCGAUGCCAGGAAAUCCGCCAUAUGGAUACCCUCCCCAGCCCUAUCAGCAACCAAUGAUGGGCAACCCUCAGUACCCUCCACAGCCGCAUCACACCCAAAAUGCAGUGCGCUCCCUGAAAGUCGAGUUCUCCAGUUGGACAUCUAGACAUCUUGCUAUCAGUGAUCUUGGGCAAGGCUCGUUGCUCUAUACGGCCGACCUGCACAGCAGAAACCCACAGAUGGAAUUCAAGAAUGCCACCACGAACCAUACCAUCGCCACGGUGCAUCUUCGGGCUCUAAAGCCAGAAAUUGAUAUCAAGCUUCACGGCCGUGACAUUCAUCUUCGUGUGCGCGGCACCAUGAAGAACGCAACCUCAUAUGAGUCGCUGGCGUUCCCUAACACGUAUUUUACAUGGAAGGACACCAGUGCAUGGAAGUUCCUCAACUUUGAAUGUGUGGACCAAAACAACGUCACUGUAGCCCGGUUCAAGCCGCAUUCCUCUUUCUCCAUGCGCAAGCUGGGUCAAUUGGACAUUCUGAUCCCGCCGGCGACCAGUGGAGUUGCUAUGGACGAACUGAUGCUCACGGGUGUGUCCCUCAAUCUCAGCCUUGCCAAGCGACGGCCCAAGGCUUGGCAUCUGCUAUAUCUUAUCAGCCCGAUAGCCGUAUUCCCCAACGAUGCGCCGCUGACAGCGAACACCAUGCCUGGAGUACCAUCAGGACGGGCGUGUGAAGGCUGUCGUCGCCAGAAGAAAAAGUGCGAUGAGAAGCAACCAACCUGUUCACGAUGUCUGCGAUUAAACAUACCAUGUGUUGGAUCCGGACAGCGGAGAUUCAAGUUCCAACAGGAGUACACCAUCCCGAUAAUGGUAAAGAAGGGAAAGCUUAAAGAACAGUGUUCAAAGGACCAGACAAGUUCUAGCAGCGACAAGGAACGUACAGAAGUGUGCCGGGUCUCCCCACACCCAAGCAAUGCCCUGACAGUAUUGAGUCAAGCCUUUGUGCGAGCUAUACACCCGUCGACGGACAUCCGAUGGAAUCUUGUCUGGAUGUAUGGGGGCUUUUUGCGAGAUGUGCCGCCUCGACUGGGCACAAACGAGGCCCUGGACACCGCCGCGGAUGCAGUGAUAUCUAUGCAUUCGGAUUUCUGCGUCACGCGGAAGCUCUCUGUCCAGGCCCUCAGUAAGUACGGUCGUGCGUUAAAUACCCUUCAUGCCUAUCUGGAUGACCCGGUCAAGGCGGCUAGCACCGACACGUUAUGCGCGGUCACGAUACUCUUGCUCUGCCAGGGAUUUCUACCCGGCCAUGGUAAAAUCCAAUCGGGCCAUGCAGAGGGGGCUGCACAGAUUCUGAAGGCACGGAAGAAUUUCCGGCCCCGAGAUGACUUCGAGGCAAAGCUACUCCUGACGUUGCGCGGGCCUGUGCUCUUUGAAGGUCUAUUCGUCAACAGCAUCGACCUUAGCGGCGAGGAGUACGAAAGCCUGGUGGAAAGCGAUCUCGAUGCGGGCACGCCGGACGGGCAGAUGAUGCGCUGUCUUGCACGAGUCCCCGGGAUUCGAGAACGCAUUGCAGCGACCAUGCCGGGUGAUGCUGGGUUUGAGUCACUACGGCAGGAAGCUCGGGACCUCUAUGAGAGCUACCAGGGAGUUCUGACGGCAUUACAAGCCAGAACAACUUCGGUCGAGACGCCGCUUGCCACCGGGUCUAUGUAUCGUAUGUGCACACUCCUUCAUGCGCAGUAUCAACGCAUGUAUGGACUUGGUCUUACCGUGGCCAUUAUCCUGAACUGCCUGGCCCGGGCGCUGGACCCAGACGACCCUGUACUCCCUGUCGAAUCGACUUACUUCGCGCAGGAGAUCGUCCUUUUGUCGGACAGUCAGGUGGCCUUUCGUCCCUUGGGGUCCUUUUAUAUGCUGAUUUGCCUAUUGACCGCGAGAGUGGGCACCACGGAUAAGAUCCUCCGGACCACGGCUGAAAGGGCUUUGGAUAGUUAUCAGCGCGAGUUCGAUGGGCGGCGUGCCGCCGAGACGAUAGCAGAAUUUGAGGAAAAAGUGCAGCACUUGUCAAUUUUUUCUGAAUAUGUAGAGGGCAAUAGAAUGAGUCACUGGGAGUCUAGGUUACUUGAGGUUUAG